CUAAUCUACUUUCAGUUCAAUAUCUUGAAGUUUUCAAUCUAAAAAGACCAAACCCGAAACAAUAGUUAAAAAAGUGAAAAAUCUUGUAAACUCUUGCUUUACAACAAAGGAAAGCUGUCAACUUCUGUUUUCGUAAAUUUGUCAAACGAAACGAAAGAAAAAUUAUAAAAAUAUGAAUUUGAAUAUUCAAAUUAAAUGUAACGGUCUCGACACGGUUGGCAUAGACAUUCGAAAUUUAUCGUCAUCAUGUCCAUUGAAUUACCCAAACUACGUGUCAGGAAAACCGAGCUCUACGCAUGUGAAUUCGAGAUUAGCGCCAGAGUGCCGCGUGAGCUCUUCAACCAAUUUCUGGAAAAGGAAAUCAAUCAGCUCGGUAUCCGAGGUUGGGCUCAAGAGGUCGAGGAUGGAUGUAUCAAAGGUCGACUUGAGGGCGAGAUCACCAAAAUGGAUAAACUCAAAGUUAUUUUGAGAAAUUCACCGCAAUUUGGCUCGAAAAUUAUCGGUACUGUUUUUGGCGAACUGAAAAAGAUCAACAAAUAUUCGGCUAUCAAAUUUGAAGUCAUCUGCUAACCGUUUAGGGUGAGAAAUAUACAAACAAAAAAAGCAAGACAACACCAAAUAUUAGCAUACGGUCCUGGAAAUCUUAAAUGUUUAACACACAAAUUGUUUUUGUAUGUAUGUAUGUCACUUUAGUUCCCUCGUUCUCUGCUGCGGUUUCAUUUUUUUCGAUCGGGAAUUACAGAUAAUAUAAACGCUGCUUCCACGCAUUGUUGGUCUCGAAACAGAGCACGAAGUAAAGAUAGGUGUUCAUGUGAUAAAAGAAGAUUAUAUAAACGUUUUUGUCAACAAUAAAAUUAUCCAUAGAAAUAAAAAAAUAAAA